GCCGACAGGUAGUCGUGCACGCAGCUCUUGACGUAGGUACGAUAAGAUGUCGCAAACAGGAAGUUUCCUGCUCUCAGGUCGGUGUUGCCCGAUGUCGUGGACACCACGUGACCAGCAAAGGACAGAGGAAAGCAGGGAGGCACGUUAGUACCAAGGUGUGAGGCCAUCGUCGUGCCGGUCAUCACGAACAACAGACUGUCUACACGUUUUGUCUACCUUGUAUGACCUGUGUACGACACGAGAAAAUCACCUGUUUAACGUUUUUCGCUUUCCCGUUAUUUGUUGAGCACCUGGUGAAAGUCAACGAUGUUUCCUUGUCUGAAAAAUAAUUUAAAAUUUUUGGUGCAAGAAACGAGACAAGAGAAGACUUGACUUUGUGAAAAGGUCACACAAGCCUGACCCCGCCCCAGCAUGAGUGUUGGCGGUUGGACACAAAAGACACAAUGUCUUAUAUAUAGAAAACUCUCUACCUCCUUCCAUUCUUUAUAUACUCGUACCUGUGUUUCAUUGGAUUCCAGGCGUGAAGCCGUUGCCGUUUGGGAAACGAAAACGGAGCAAGUUUCACUCACAUAGACUUUGUUGAGGUUGGGAUCACAAAGGACAGACUUUCCCUGGACGGGUCAGAAUUUUGAUGAAGACAGCAGCGACCCAAACCACGAUGUUUGAUCGUUGUCUUUGAGUGAGUAGCGGGGGUUGAUGACUGAGAGACUUGCUGUGUUCUUGUCGGACAUUUGUUAACAAGGGGAGCAAGUAUCUUCUGUGGAUUGCUGCUUGCUGACAGAUGGCUUCCAUUCAGAUCACACUGACGGCUUUUCUGUACCAAUGGAUAGCAACAGGAGCCCUGGAUCCCUGCAGCGACUUUUGGACCUUGGACCAACCCUGGAGGUCGACAAGCUACACCCCGGGACCAAACGAUCCUCUGCAGUGUGACCGCUUCCUGGACCCCGGGUGGUACCGCUUUGCUGGAGGUGGCAUGCCAACCACCUGUCCCUCAUCAUUUAGUUGCGGUACGCAGGCUCCCAUAUGGAUGAACGGCCAACUUCCGCUUCCGAACGAAGGCGUGGUCAAUCGAAGCGCAUGCGCAGUAAUCACAAACGCUGCAGGUCAGCUGGACUGUUGCGGACAGGAAGUGCUGAUUCAGGUUCGAAACUGUGGCGACUUUGUUGUCUACUGUCUCCACAACACACCUGGCUGCUCCAUGGCCUACUGCUCAGAUGUUCCGGGAGGGACGGUCCCCCGCCAGAUAAACACACAGCCUGCAGCUCCGGUCCUGGUCGGCCCGGAAGUGAUAGACGGCGGCUUCCGCUUCUCCUGUAACCUCUCUGACACGAGGCCGAGGUCGGGUGUGCAGGAAGUGACGUGGACGUUUGAUGGAGUUCAAGCCGCCAACGCUCCUGUGGAAACCCUGACGGGAGACAACCACGUCGCCUAUUUGGAUCAACGGGCGUGGACUGGUCACGUGGGGUCGGAGCUUCGCUGCCGAGUACGAAUACGGAAUGACGUCACUGGUCAGUUUGGAGACUUUGUUAACAGCAACGGGUACUGGGGUGGAAUACGGGUCACACCUACCUCAGUGACUGUCACGGAGGGUGAAGGAGCACAAGAGGUCACGCUGACGUCGACGCUGCCCAUCGUUUGUUCCCAUGACAACGAGUGCGAGCUGCAGCUGGAGCUUGACGUCAAUGGCACGCGCUGGGAGGACAUCGCGGCAACUGAGAGCUGCGUGUUGCACCUGCGGAGGGAGGACUGGGACGUUAGCACCCACACCGCCAGCGUCACCACCCGUAUCGUAGCCACCCGUGACGUCAUACGAGACGGGGACCAGUCGUUGGCGGUGCGUUUCCGCCCGCUGUUCUCCCUGGCUCCUCCUCUGUGGCACAACUACUCUCCGCCAGAGAUCCAGGUGCGUACAGUGGACAGAACUGUUGCUCGUUGCUAUGGCUACGCUGACCCCCACAUCCAAACAUUUGAUCGACAAGGUGUCUACCACUUGUACGAAGAAGGCGACUUCGUCUUGUUGCGCAGUCUUCAAAAUAACUUUGAAAUACACGUGCGAACAGUCGCGUGCGCUGGGAGGUCGUGCAUCUGCGGGGUGGCGGUUCAACGUGACUACGACGCCAUCUCGUUGAGCGUGUGCGAGGGCCAGGGGGUGCUUCCCCCCGAGGUUCGCGUCCUUAGCGACCAUGGACUUCAGGCUAGCACGACCGUCACACGAACACCCGAUGGACGAGAAUACAUGCUCGCCUUCACAACUGGCGAGUGGGUGAAGAUCACGGACUUCAGUUCUUACAUGAACGUGGAGGUGCAGGUUACCGGGUCAGAGUUCGGGGUCACCAGCGGACUGUGCGGCACCUUUGACAACAAUGCGGACAACGACUUCACGUCCAUCGACGGAGUCAUUCAUCCGGACAGCGACGUCCCGUUGUCCUUUACCGAGUCCUGGCGACUCCAGCCCCAGGACAGUCUGUUGAAUGGCGUGCUCCGUCCCGUGACGGAGGGCUUCUCCCGCGACAACACCGAGCUCUGCACGUGCAACGCGGCGUCUGGCUCCAUCGACUGCGGACUGACGCGGGGCAUCAUGGAUCCUGCACGUGACUUACACCGCGAUUGUCAUCAUUGUGACAUCACUGACGAUAUCAUCAGGUGGCGAGAGAACAGCGCUGUUGGAGACGACACCGAGGACAUCGACCUGCCGAUUGUUCUCAUUGACAACGGUCCUGUCACCCCGCCGCCGUCUCUUCCGCCAGUGACGUCACGUGACGUAGCCAGGCGCGUGUGUGUCAGUGCCAUGACGAACCUGACACUGACAUCUCACUGUGCAACGGCCGUUAGAGUACAGAUGGAGGCCUUCGUGACGUCAUGUGUGGAAGACAUGAUGUCUGCGGGUAGUCAACAGUUUCUCGUGUCUGCCGUUGCAUCCUGGGAACGAGCAUGUGCCGGAGAAGUCACGAGUAACCCUCAGAGUUAUCCUCUGGACAACAGGGUCGAUUGCAACCGCCACCUUUGCUGACGUCAGAGGUGUGUCCCGGAGUUUGCGGACUUAGAGGACGAUGUGUCGACGGCGCAUGCGUGUGUGACCCUGGGUACACGGGAGAUAACUGCCUGGUUAGGGCAGACUAUCCACCAGUCAUCUUGAGGAUUGUGCGCAAUGGUCUUUGUGAUGCACGGCAACGUCCAUGUGUACGGGCCUUCCUUCAAUUGGAGAAUUUCUGGCCUGGUCCUCGGACAGAAUGCCGCAUCCGGGAUGCCCAGAUGACUCCAAACGGUCUGGUGCCAGACAGCCAGGGGCGGCCAGCCACAGCAAGUAUUGAAAGUGACCGCCAGGUGGCGUGUCCUGUGCAGACUCCAGAGUCCCAGACGAUGUAGCCGUUCGGUUUUAUCUCAUCUCCAUCACGACGGACGGCAGUCGCUAUAGCAACGAAGCCCUGUACGUGGUCUACGACUCUGUGUGCCUGCGGUGCGACGUGGCAGGAACCUGCAUUGUGGAGGCUGGAACGUGCUUGAUAGAAAACCGUUGUUACGUCAGCCAGCAAGUUAACCCCUCCAACUCCAACCUUCUCUGUGACCCCCUGAGGUCAAACGCACGAUGGUCAUCAGCAGUUACUUCUGUGAAGGUGGACACCACUCACGAUGACAUCACUUGUCCCGAGAAGACCUCGACUUUCAAGCGAUGGGAUGUGUGGACAAG